AGACAGUCCAAUGGCUUCUUCAUUGGAGAGAAAAAUCCAUCCCAAAAUAAAUCAUGCUGAGCCUGAGGAUGAAAUUACAAAGGAAGAGGAAGAUGAAAGCUUCUGCUAUGCCAUCCAGCUGGUGGGUUCUUCUGUGCUGUCCAUGUCUCUGCAAUCAGCAAUUGAGCUUGGCGUUUUUGACAUCAUAGGCAAAGAGGGUCCAGGCGCCAAGCUCUCUUCAUCUGAGAUUGCAGCCAAGAUUGGCGCCAAGAACCCUGAGGCACCCAUGAUGAUUGAUAGGAUCCUCAGGCUCCUCACCAGCCACUCUGUUCUCCAUUGCUCUCUUGUUUCUGCUAAUGAAGAUGAAAAUGGUGGUGGGUCAGAUUUUCAGAGGGUGUACAGCCUUGGCCCUGUGUCUAAGUACUUUGUGAAUGAUGAAGAAGGUGGUUCUUUGGGCCCCGUGUUGACAUUCACUCAAGACAAGGUCUACAUGGAAAGCUGGUCUCAACUGAAAGAUGCAGUUGUUGAAGGAGGAAUUCCAUUUAACAGGGUCCAUGGCACGCACGCUUUUGAGUAUCCAGGUUUGGACCCCAGGUUUAAUCAAGCGUUCAACACAGCAAUGUUUAACCACACUACCAUUGUCAUCAAGAAACUUCUUCAUAUCUACAAGGGUCUUGAAGACAAGAACCUCACACAACUUGUUGAUGUUGGUGGUGGUUUGGGAAUGACCCUUAAUCUGAUCACAUCUAGAUAUCAACAUAUAAAGGGUAUCAAUUUCGACUUGCCCCAUGUCGUAAAUCAUGCCCCUUCCUAUCCUGGUGUGGAACAUGUUGGAGGAGACAUGUUUGCUAGUGUUCCAAAUGGGGAUGCCAUUUUUAUGAAGUGGAUACUUCAUGAUUGGACCGAUGAGCACUGCCUAAAGCUGUUGAAGAAUCGUUACAGAGCUAUUCCAGACGAUGGAAAAGUGAUUGUUGUGGAAGCACUACUUCCAGCUAUGCCAGAUACUAGCAAUGCUGUGGAAGCACUUCCCAACUUGAUGUGAUUAUGAUGACUGAAAUUCCGGGAGGGAAGGAAAGGAGUGAACAAGAAUUCAUGGCCCUGGCAACUGGUGCUGGAUUUAGUGGCAUCAGAUAUGAAUGUUUUGUCUGUAACUUUUGGGUUAUGGAGUUCUUUAAGUAACCAAGGAAUAUGAAAACUUAUACACUAGAAUGAAAGUGUUAAGGCUCCAAGCCUAAUAAACGUUAAGGCUCCAAGCCUAAUAAAAUAUAAGCAAGAAAAUAUUUCAGACUCAGAACUGCACAUAAAGUCUGCAGAUUAUUUUACUUAAUUUACUUUGAUCUUUCCCUUCUAAAGUAACAUAAGAAACGUGAUGAUAUGAAUUACAAAAUGAAGACAAAGUACAUUUAUAACCGUGGUUAGAAUAAGCUUAUGCAAACAAAAUGAAGAAUGUUCACAUAUUUAUGAACAAUGCUGCGAGAUAUACACAUAUGUAUAAGCUUCAAAAACCAACCACAAGUUCUUCUCCUAUCUCAGCAGCAUUACUUUUCAGGUUUG